AUGCGCACGAUUAUACAAUGCUAUUAUUCGACGGGCUUCCGUAGAAGUCAGAGAGAGCGAAGAGGCGACUCUCUGCGACGGAACUGGUUCGAAGUCUACGAAAACGACCCAGUGCUGGAAGAAUACUACGAUUCCAUUCCUCCGCAGCUGAUUCCGUUUUUUGAGUCGAUCGAAAUCGCCGUUGGACCUGAUAAAAAGCCUUACCCUCGCGACGUUCUUGUCCACCACCUCCAGGCUAUCGCGUCGCCUGCGGCUAUGUUUGUCCAUCACAGUGACUCAAUGGAGGGCUGCAUUGUCCUGUUCCCGAAUAAUUCAAGCCAGCCGACUUGCAUUGGAACGGUAAUGGAGCCCGGGUUGCUGGUUACCUAUGCGGCCAGUGAAGAAACAUUCCCGCCGGAAGAUAAGGAUAACUACUGGUAUCCGCUGUCUGACCUCCUAAACAGACUACUGAAGAUGAUUAUGGUUGGCAAGUACAAGGCGGUUCCCUACGACCAGGUCAAUGAGGACAAUAACCCUUUUUGCGAGGGCCCCAACUACUGGGAGGUCAUAUCCUGGAAUGAGUACAUUCUCAACCAAGCGGUGGCGGCCUACGAGGGACUUAUAGAAUCGAUCACUAGUCGGUUACCUCCAUCAAGCCAGGAGCAAAUAUCAAAUGAGAGGGCACCUAUUGCCACAGUGGACGCCCUGGCACAGGACAUCCAGGGCUUCCCGAGAGCGUUCCUUUUCAAGGCAGCGAAACCAGGCUUCAAGUUCAUCGCCCCAGGCUUGACAGUCUAUGAUACCUCAGAUCCACCUCUGUCCGUUCGCCACGCCGUCGGCGCGGACAUGGUCGACAGAAUCGACCACCCGUACCGCGAAGUCUCUUGCCAUGAACUAAGGCACGACCCGAUCGUGCUAUUCCCAUCACUGGAGCAUCAGAAGCACAGAGACGAGCAAACUGGCCUCUGGAUCCUGCCCACAUGGGGCUGGGCCGAUACCGUCAAGCUCGUCCUCCCAUACGAUCUUUUCUCGUAUCCAGACUAUCGCGGAACGAUGAUGGACUAUUCGCCAGCAGAGGCAGGCUUUGUACCGACACGGGCGACGCUCUGGGAAACACCUCAUACCUGCCCUUUUUUCUAUGAGCAUGGAACGAGGUUAGUCAGCAUCCUUGAUCGCUGGAAGGAUCUUGUUGAGUCUGGGGUGUGGACGGUUGGCGAAGAGGGCGUAGAGGGUGGGAUGGACUUUUACCGACAGGCGUCGGAUCCUCAGAGGGCGGAGGAUUUCUGUAUAGGACAAAUUUGUUUCAAUGUGCCAGAUGUUGAUGAGGGAGAUGGAGAUGUAAUGUGGGAUACUUGA